AUGAAUGGCGGUCUUUGUCUCUGCGAUAUUUGCUGUUCGGAAGACGCGUCAGAAACCUCUGAAGACUCGCCACCGCAGUCGCCAGCUCAGAAUACAAAACAAAAGGAAGAAGAGCUCGAUGAAGAGUAUAACCAAUGGUGCGAUAGUCUCACUGAGAUCAAAGAGUAUGAAGAAGGAUUAGAACAAACUUUAAAACAGGGUCAUGAAUUCUUUGAGAAUAAUUUUCGACGAGUCGUGAAAAGGAAGUAUGGGCGGAUUUCCAAUGAUAAAUGUGAAAGUAUGAAGACAAAAUGGGAAGAAAUGGAGGAGAGAGGCGGAGAGGGGCUUGAAUGCUACAUAGAGUGGAAUUUAACGGGUGAAUUUGGGAAUGACGGCGGUAGCGACCGUGAGAUCGAUGACGAUAAUAAUGAUGUGGUGGGACUUGAAAGUGAUGAAGAGAAGGAUAAGUACCAGAAAGUCGGUGAUGGUGAUUGGGAAUGUUCUACUGAAGAUUUGGGAGCGGCUAUAUGGGAGUAUGAGGAGCUUGUUGGUUCGUUACACGGCGACGAUCGACGUAUGGCGCAGUGCUGUCCCCACAACUUACGGGAACAAAAAAGGAAAGAUCGAAGCACAACUCUCGAGAGGUCGCUUUCCUCCAUUACUCUAUCUCUCGCAAGAUUUAGAAAAAGACGAUCUUCAAGCUCAAGAAUAACAAAUCAAGGUCCGGUGUUCACAGUUACGCUUCAGAAAAAAAAAGAUUCUGGCCAGGAUCGUGCUGCCACCGGAGUGUCUAUCAAGAUCGGAGAAGGUUCGCCAGCAUUAGAGAUUUCUAUAGGAUCCAUCGCAGCAACGAAAGCAAAGACAAAACACACAAGCUGUUGGAGUUCACGUACCAAAGUUACCUCAUCCCUUUCGAGCUUUCCAAAUCUGGAGACAGAUAUGCAUGUACCUCGAAACUCAGUUCAAACCAUCGGUUCUCUAUCAUCAGAUAUGAGUUCAGAUAAGGAACUCAAGAGUCGCAGCAUUCACUUUCCUGUAAAACUACCUGAGUUGCAGAGAAUGAAUAUGCAGGAUAAUUUUAUAAAGAGUCUGAUAAGCAAGCUUACGAAAGAGAGACGGGAGAAAAGAUUGGUACUGCGAGGCUCGAGGAGAUACAGAUAUCUGGCCACCGUGAAGAGAGUUAUGGAUAGUGGUUGGGCCAUUCAGUCGCAGGUUUUAGACAAGCUCAAACGGGGGAGGAAAAGGAAGUUUGAUGAACAGAGUAUCUAG